GGUUUCUGUUUCUUGCAAGAUAUCACUUAGCACACUUUCUUCUCCGUCACUCAAAAAAACCAUCGCUGUUUUCAGUACUUAAUUAUAAGCAGCCCCAAUCGAUCCCUUACAACGGAAUUGUAACAACAACAGAAGAAAGAGUACUGCACAAAAGAGGAAUUGGGGUCAUGGAGAUUAAGAUAGAGAAGGCAGAACCAGAGUAUCUCGAUGAACAACGCCAUCCCCUCCUGAAAGAUACGACGGUACCAGCAGGUUCUGAAUCAGAGCAGAAUAGCAAGACAACACCUGACAACGAACAGAAGACACUGAUACAGAAGGCCAUUAGCCAGACAUUUAAGAGCACAGCCCAUUUAGCAAAUCUUCUCCCUACGGGGACCGUGCUUGCGUUCCAGCUUCUGGCACCCAUAUUGACCAACCAAGGCCAGUGCGACAUCGUCGGUCGCUAUAUGACUUCCAGUCUCGUGGCUCUUUGUGGGUUCUCUUGUUUGCUGCUGUCCUUCACGGACAGCUUCAGGGAUGGGAAUGGGGAUGUCCGCUAUGGAAUAGCAACCUUCCGAGGGCUCUGGGUCAUCGAUGGGUCUUGCACCAUUUCGCCGGAGAUGGCCGCUGGAUAUCGGAUCAAGUUCAUUGAUUUCAUGCACGCCUUUAUGUCAAUACUGGUGUUUGCAGCAGUUGCGUUGUUCGAUCAGAAUGUGGUCGACUGCUUCUACCCAGCACCAUCGGACGAGACGAAAGAGCUCCUCACAGUAUUGCCCGUCGAGAUUGGUGUCAUUUGCAGCAUGUUAUUUGUUGUGUUUCCCACUAAACGCCAUGGAAUUGGCUUCCCUCUCUCCCCUCUGUAAUCUCUUCUCUUGUCGACUCAAUAAUAUUCAUGUAGAUUCCAUGACUGAAUGCCCCUUAAUUUUGGGAGUCAGAGAUCUAGAGAGCUGUAAAAAGACAAAUUAAAGUUUGCUUAAUUUCCAUUUGAUCAA